UGAAAUGCGCAUACAAGCACGCGUAGCGUAAACAUAUGAGUUCAAUGAGUUGAAAACGUGAAUUUUAUUAAAAAUUGUUUUAAUUUAUUUGCCUGAGUUGUCUGAAAUGUCUAGAAUAUAUCAGAAUCAUCAGAUGUUAGAAGAAGAGCAGUCUCCUGAUUUUUAUUUAGUGGAUACUUUAAGAGGUCACACAUCAUCAGUAUCAUGUGUAAAAUUCAGCCCAUCAGGAGAGUACUUGGCAAGUAGUUCUUUUGACACAUUUAUAAAACUGUGGUCAGUUAAUGAUGGAAAACUGCAUAGCAGUUUAUCUGGUCAUAAAGAAGGUAUAUCAGAUAUUGCUUGGUCAGCAGACAGUCAUUAUAUUGUUAGUGCUUCAGAUGACAAAACACUGAAACUUUGGGAUGUCCGCACUGAGAGAUGUACUAGAACAUUCAAAGGUCAUAAAAAAUAUGUAUUUUGCACUGCUUUUAAUCCAAAGUCAAAUUUAAUAUUAUCUGGUUCUGAUGAUGAAACUGCUAAACUAUGGGAUGUGAGGUCUGGCAAAUGUAUAAAAACAUUAACAUGUCAUGGAGAUAGAGUAACAGCUGUUGGUUUUGAUAUUUCAUCUCAUUACAUAAUGACAAGCAGUCUUGAUGGUUUCUGUCAUGUAUAUGAUGCAAGAAAAAGGCAAGUCAUUCACAGUUUUGGUGAAGGUGCUCCUAUCUCUUAUGCUAAAUUUUCUAGAAAUGGAAGAUUUAUUUUAGCUUCAACUCAAGAUGACACUAUCAAACUUUGGGACUAUGCUAAUUCAAAGUAUGUGAAAUGGUACACAGGACAUAAAAAUAGUUUAUAUUCCAUAUUUGCUGCUUUUACUACUGGAGGAAAGUAUGUAGUAUCAGGAUCUGAAGACAACAAUAUUUAUAUAUGGCAUUUGAAUUCAAGGAACUUAGUUCAAACUUUGGAAAGCCAUUCAGAUGUUGUGCUGUGCGUUGAUUGUCAUCCAGAACAAAAUGUUAUAGCUUCAGGAAGCUUAGAUUCAGAAAAUAACAUUAAAUUAUGGAAAAUGAGAUGAUCGCCUUUUAUUUACAUAACCAGAAUAUCUAUUAUAGUUAGUUACUCAUAGACUUUUAUCAUUGUAAUUUUCAGCAUAUGCUUUCAUGUAAUAUGUAUAUA